AUGGCAUCAGGAACUGUCGGCGGUCGAGUAUGGCCCUCCGUGCAUACAGUUCAUGGAUUCCACCGUUAUGAUAAGUUUUCUGCUGAGAACAUGAAGCGUCAGAGCGAGGACUGUCUCUAUUUGAAUGUUUUCAGCCCUUACACAGUAGCCAGGAACAUUAUCUUCAAAGGGAUCACAUUCGUCACCAUCAACUAUCGCCUCGGACCACUCGGUUUCAUUGUUAGACGAUCUGGCGACAACAAUGUAGAUUCAAAUAUUGGUAUUUGGGACCAGGUGAUGGCUCUCCAGUGGAUUCAGUCGAACAUAAAGCAAUUCGGAGGCGAUCCUUCUCGGGUCACGUUGAUGGGCGAGUCGGCCGGUGGUGCUGCAUGCAGCCUACUAGCACUUAGCCCAGAACUGGAAGGGCUGGCCCAACAAGCGAUUAUCAUGAGCGGAUCGGUCACCGCUGGAUGGGCUAUUCAUAGGCAUGGGAUUCCUAGUUGGAGCUUGGAGAAUCUCGUGAGCUAUUUA